GGAGCGGCGGGGGCGGGGGGCGGCGCGGAGAGCGGAGCGGCGGCGCAGCGAGCCGCGCCGGGGCCGCGCGGGGCACCGGGGCGCUCCCGCCUGCGUGAGUCACGGGAGCGCCGGCGACGCCAGCGCCCGCCCGCCCGCCCGCCCGCCGCCUCGGGACGCGGCCCGCUGCUCUCCCCGCCGGGCCCCGGCCCCCUCCCCGGCAUGAGGCCGCUGCGGGGCAGGGGCUGACCGUGCACCGAGUCCGCCGAGCCUCAGCCCGCCUUUCGCCAUGGCCUCCCAGCCGCAGCCCCUGCACCCCCCCUUGCCCUGCGCCGCCUCCAAAGGCAGCGGGGGGGCCGGGCUGGCGGCAGGCAGCCCCGAGACAGGCGCCGCGCGGCCCAAGCCGCCCGUGCGGCCCAAGCCCCGCGUGCCGCCCAAGCCCGCCGUGCCCGCCAAGCCCUGCCUGCCGCACCCGCCGCCGGCGCCCCGCCACCCGCGCCCCGAGCUGCCCUCCGCCGAGAAGAUCAACCGCCUCGCCGGGCCCAAGCCCUACGCUGCCGGCGGCGGCGGCGCCGGGGGGGGCCUCAAACGCCCCUCCUUCAGCGUCAAGGCGCCCGAGACCCCCAACGGCAAGGGGCUCCCGUCCCCUCCGCUUUCGGCCGCCGGCGACUCGGGUCCGGCCGCCGCCACCGCCGAGCCCCCGCCGCCGCUGCCGCCCUCUCGCAAAGGGCCGGCUCCCUUCAAGGUCACGCCGGUGCCCGUGGCGGCCAAGCCGGAGCGCUUCCCCGGCACCACCGUGGAGGAGAUCCUGGCCAAGAUGGACAGCAAGGAGGGCCCGGGGAGCCCUGACCGGGCGCGGCUCUCCCCCUUUUGCCCCGAUGCCCCCUCUCGCUUCGGCUCCAAGACCUUCGCCGCCUUCCGGAUACGCCCCAGCGGCGAGACGGAUGGCGAUGCCCCCGGCGAAGCCCGCCGGGCCCCCCAGCCCGCCGGGGCCGAGCCGGGCGCGGGCGACGACGGCUGCCCCAUCCCCGAGAUGAGCGGCUCCCCCCCAGCCGGCCCGAGCUGUGCCGGGGCCCCCCGCGGACGCUGGAGGCCGCCUUCCCCCCCUGACCUCUGCUCCCUGCAGCCAGGCCCCCUCGGCCCCCCCGGCUCCCCGAGGCCCCCCGCCUGCCCGGCCCCGGCUCCGGGAGCUCCCUUCCGGCCUGCCGAGCUCUCCGCCUCGGCCCCCGGCUCUCCCGAUGCCCCCCCGGAGCUCCCGGCCCCCGGCUCGCCCACCCCGGCCCCCGGCUCGCCCGACCCCCCCGCCGCCCCCAGCCAAGCCCCCGGAGCCCCCUCCUCCGCGGCCGAGCCCCGGCUCGGCGUCUCCCGCUCCCCCGGCUCCCCGCACACUCCCGGCGAGGGAUCCCCCGACACCGCCAGCCCCCCGACUCCGGGCACUCCCGAGCCGCCCCCCCGGGUCACUUGCUCCCCCGGCUCUCCCGAGGCUGUCGCCGGGUCCCCGGGUCCCCCCAGCCCCGAGCCGGAGCCCCCCGCUAGGGCCUCUCGUCCCCCGGGCUCCCCGGAGGGACCCGAUGACUCCCCGGUGUCCCGGAGCUGCCCCGAUGCCUCCCGGGGUGCCGGUUUCAGCCCAGUUUCUCCCGCCCGAGACUCGGGGCUCCGGCGCUCUUCCGAGGGGAUGUUGCAGCCUCCGACGCCAGGGCAGGGCAUGGGGCAGCUGGGGGGCUCGCUGAGCGCCCUGCCCCGGCCCGGGGCCCCCCCGCCGGAGCGCUCGCUGGGCAGCGAGUCCGGCUGGAGCCUCUCCCAGUCCUUCGAGUGGACGUUCCCCUCGCGGGCGGCCCCGUGGGGCGCCAGGCGGGUGGCUUCCCCGCCCCGGUCGCCCAUCCGGGAGGCGGCCGACUCGGGGCUCUCGGACGAGGGCGAGUCGGACGGGGAGGGUCCUGCCCCCGGCCCCCCCGGCUCCCAGGGCGACAGCGGAGCCGAAGAGCCCGGCCCCGAGGUGGCCGGCAGCCAGGCGGCAGAGGGGGAUCUGUGUCCGGGGGGUCCCGCGGCCCAGCGAGAGGCCGAGGGCUCCACGGAGGAGGAGGAGGAGGAGGAAGAGCGGGAUGGCGCCGCGCUCCGCUCCCCGCUCCGCGUGACGGAGCCCGACCGGGACCCGCCUGAGGAUGCGGCCCCGGCGGCCGAGUCGACCUGGGAGCCGGCGCAAGCGGGCGGCCGCCCGGCAAAUCUGCAGGGCCCCGGCGGGCCGGGCCGGACGGCGGGAUCUGCCGACGCCUCGAAGGGCCCCGAUCCGCCCGCCGACCCGGGCUGGCUGACGGAGCUGCUGGCGUCGCCCGGGGCCCACGGCGGCGCGGGGCACGGCCCUCCGGACGCAGAGGGGCCGGAGGACCUGCUCGGCUGGUCGCGGAAGGACCUGCGCAGUGAAUUCGGCAUCGGGGGAUCUCGCCGAGCCGGCGCCUUUGACUGGACCCACGACGCCGCGGCCGGCGAGGGAGAGUGGCCCGGCGAGACGGAGCAGGACCGGGAGUUCGGCGCCAAGUCGAGCUGGGACGGCGCCCGCGGCGGCGGCGGCGGCGACGCGGAGCGGCGGGACGGGGCCUUCGGCAGCGCCGAGAGGGACUGGGGCAGCGAUCGCCAAGGGCCGGAGCUGCUGGGGGAGACGCGCCUGGGCGGCGCUGACUGGUGCAGCCCCCGCGGCCCGGGCGACAGCUUUGACGCCGGCGAAGCCAAGUGGAGCGCCGGCUACGGCUUGGACGGCGCCGGCAGCCCGGAGGAGAUGGGCCCCGGGGAGGCCGACUGGAGCAGGGCCUACGGCGUGGGCCGCGGCCGGCGGCAGGCCGAGGAGCCGAGCUCCGGGCAGCCCGGCUGGGCUGGCCGAUACGGCUCCGGGGACGCGGAGAGCCGGGAUGGGGACGUCGCGCCUGCCUGGCCUGGCGACUACGGCGCCAGCGACGCGGAGGUCGAGGGCAGGGAGAUCAGCCCGGACUGGGCCGGUGGAUACAGCAAGAGGGACGCCGAGACCAAGGACGAGGACUUGACGCUGGGCUGGGCUGGCAGAUGCAGCACGGGGGACCCCGGGACCCCGGAGAAGGAGUUUAGCCCCGGCAGGCCGGCCUGGGACAGCAAAUACAACACUAAGGACAUGGAGAGCCAGGACAGGGAGUUCAGCCCCAGCCGACCGGCCUGGGACAGCAAAUACAGCGCCAGGGACAUGGAGACGCAGGACAGGGAGUUCAGCCCCAGCCGACCGGCCUGGGCCGCUGAAUACAGCGCCAGGGAUAUGGAGAGCCAGGACAGGGAGUUCAGCCCCAGCCGACGGGCUGAGGGCAGCGAAUACGGCGCCAGGGAUAUGGAGAGCCAGGACAGGGAGUUCAGCCCCAGCCGACCGGCGUGGGACAGCGAAUACGGCGCCGGGGACGUGGAAACGCGGGACAGGGAGUUCAGCCCCAGCAGAGCAGCCUGGGCCGGUGAAUACAGCGCCAGGGAGAUGGAGACGCAGGACAGGGAGUUCAGCCCCGGCAGGCUGGCCGAGGCCAGCGAAUACAGCCCCGGGGACAUGGAGAGCCAGGACAGGGAGUUCAGCCCCAGCCGACCAGCCUGGGAUAGCGAAUACACCCCCAGGGAGAUGGAGACGCAGGACAGGGAGUUUAGCCCCAGCAGAGCAGCCUGGGCCAGUGACUACAGCUCGACGACCCCCAAAAAGGAAGACGCAGAGUUCAGUCCCGGCCGGCUGAGUUGGGCUGGCGAAUGCAGCGUUGGCCAAACCGAGCCAGCAGAUGUUUUUGGUGUCAGAAAAGGAGACUUGCCUGGCUCCUGCGCCCCCGAUCAUCCGGCUCGAGAGCCUGGCUGGAGCAGCACCGACAAGCAGGAGAGCGGUACCAUCGGCAGCAGGGACUGGGGCGAAGAGCUUGGCCUUGGUGGAGCUGAGCGCCAGAACCAGUUCGGCAUCAUCGGGACAGAUCGGGUGCCGGAUCCCUCCAGGGCAGGAGCUUCGUCGGACAGCCCAACACCUUGGGCCGGUGAAAUUAGGCCCAGGGAGUCGCAGGAGCCCCUGGAGCCCCGGGAAACACUAGGAGACUGGCACAGGGAUCUCUCCUUCAGCGGCUUGGAUGCCCCCAGCUGCCUGGGCCCCGGUGACACCGGCAGCAGUGGACUGGGCCAAACGGCCUGGGAUCAGGGCCCGGGCAGCCUGCCUGUCCCCGGCAGCUCUGCCCUGCCCAGGGAGGCCGGAGCGGAAGAGCCAGAUUGGAGCCGGGACGUCGGCUGGAGCGUGGAGCUGUGCGACGCCUCGGCCGAGGCCGGGGAGACGGAGGCCGGGCGCCGGGAGUGGGCCAGCGCCUUCGGCGCCCGCUGCGCGGCCCGGAGCUGGGACUUCGGCGCCCCGGAGCAGAGCGGGGGAGCCGGUGCCGGCGUGGAGGACGGCAGCCCCGCAGGCGCCCGUCUCCCGGACCGCAGCCCGGCGCUGGGGGAUGCUCCGGCCGACCCCCUGGCCGCGGCGUUCCCCCUGGACGAGCCACCAGCCCCGCUCCGGAGACGCAGCUCCACGGACGAGGGGGACCUGCCCGAGCUGGCCCCCGCCUCGCGCAGCCCCAGGGCCUCCCCUCCGCUGCCGGAGGCCGCUGGUGGGACCCUGCCGGAGAUGGAGAGCCAAGAGGCCCCCUCGGACCACCCGGAUGGGAAGAGGCCACCGAUUUGGGAGGAGAAGCGGCUGUCCUGGGACGCCCCUCAGCCCGAGGGACCCGGGGACCUCUCCGGGCAGGAAUUCACCUUCCUGGAGGACACGGAGCUCCUGGACAGCACCGUGUACCGCAGCAAGGCCCAGCUGGGCCGCAAACGGGGGCACCGGGCGCCCGCCCUGCGGCCCGGGGCGGCGGCGGAGGGCGACAGCUGGAUCUUCCAGGACUCGACAGAGCCCCGCGCGGCGGCGGCGGCCUCCUCCGACGAGGAGGCGGCGGAAGGACCCAAGAGCCGGCGGGCGCGAGCGUCGCCGGCGGGCAAGGGCGUCAAGGUGCCGCUCUUCCCCGGCCUGAACGCCUCCGCCCUCAAGGCCAAGCUGAGGGGCCGGAACCGCUCGGCCGAGGAGGGGCCGCAGCCGGGGGACGGCAAGGCGACCCCCGCCAAGGAGCCCCACGUGCAGCGCUCCAAGUCCUGCAAGAUCCCCAGCUUGAGCGGGAAACCCCUGGCGCUGCCCCCCAAGCCGGAGAAAUCCUCAGGGUCAGACGCUUCCCCGCCCCACUGGCUGCAAGCGCUGAAGCUGAAGAAGAAGAAAUCUUGAGCCGAUCCGACGGGGCUCUCUCUCCUGCCGGCGCGGCCCCGGGGGGGCUGACGGCCAGGCCCCCCCCAGGAUCCGGCCCGCCCGCGGCAGGACACACACACACAUCUAUGCACUUUGUACGACGCUCGCGAGGUUCCUCCCCCCCUUCCCUGCCCCAAGCGGCUUCCUUCCCUCCCAGGCUCUCCCUCUGGCCCCCCUGCCCUUGUCCCCUUGUCCCCACGUCCCCUGGGGGCCCCGGGGGGCGAGGAGGGGGCCGCCCGCCCUCCCCACCUCCCGCUCUCCUAUCACCCUCCGGACAAAGAGCAACAGGUCAAUAUUUUGGUGCCACUUUGACAAGACAAUAAAACGGUUUUUUUGGUUGGUUUGGA